UGGGGGGGGACAAAACUAUUGGGCUACACAAGUGACUACAGAUAGUAAAGUAAUAAUCAUAACAAUGUUGUGUUUGUAGCAUGCACAUAUAUAAUAUGUAUAAUAAUACUGGGAAAGGGGAGGAAGGAAUAGUGUUUCUAUAUGUCACUGAUAUUAAGCUAGUAGAAAUCAAAAGCUGAUUCAGAUAAGUUGAAAUUUAUAUGGUAAACUCCUGAGCAAUCACUGAGAAUAUAACUCAGAAAAGUAGUAGAAAAGUCCUUUGAAGAAAUUAAAAUGCUACAUUAGAAAUUAUUCACUUAAUCCAAAAGAAAUCACUAUAGGAAUAAUAAGAGGAACAAAAAAGACAGAUAUAUAGAAACAAAUUAGAAUGAAAGGCAUAAAUCCAACUAUGUCAAUAAUAACAUUAAAUGAGACUGGAUUAAACAGUCAGAAGGCAGAGAUUCUCAAAUUGGGCUACCACAAAAAAUGAUCUGGCUAUAUGCUGUCUUACAGAGACACAUUUUCGAUCCAAAGUUAGACACAGAUGGAGAGAAUAGAAAAAAGUUUACCAUUCAAACAGCAAGAGUGGUUGUACUAAUAGCAGACAAAACAGUAACACAGACUUUAACAAAAAAUGUUACUAGGAACAUUUUAUAGUGAUAAUAGGGUCACUUCAUCAGGAGGAUACAACAAUUAUAAAAAUUAAUGCACUUAUUAAUAGAGUACCAGAAUAUAUGAAACAAAAAUGGACAGAAAUUGAGAGAGAGAGAAUUCAGCAUUAAUAGAUGGAGACUUAAAUACACCACUUUCAGUAAUGUAUAGAGUAGCAUGAGAAUUCCCUGGUUGUCCAGUGGUUAGGACUCCAUACUUGCACUGCAGGGGGCACAGGUUGAAUCCCUGGGCAGGGAACUAAGAUUCCCGCAGGACACAUGGCUCAGCCAAAAAAUAUAAAUAAGUGAAAGAAAGAAAGGAAGGAAGGAAGGAAAAGAAAGAAAGAAUAGCAUAAUAUAGCACAGCAUAGCUAGUCAGAAGAUCAACAGGAAGUAAACAGUAUAAACCACCUAGACCUAGCAGACAACUAUAGAACACUGCACCCAAUAACAAUAGAUUAUACAUUCUCAAGUGCAUUCUCCAGUGUAGCUCGUAUGCUAGGCCAUAAAACAAACCUCAGUAAAUCUUCAGAGGUUGAUGUAAUGCAAAGUAUGUUCUGAGACCUUACUGGAAUGAAAUUAGAAAUCAGUAGCAGGAAAAAUUUUUGGAACACUCAUAAAUAUGUGAAAAUAAAACAACAUAUUUGUAAAUAACAAAUGGGUCAAAGGAGGAAAUCAAAACAUUUUGAAGUGAAUUAAAAUGAAGAUAUACCAAAACUUAUGGUAUGCAGCUAUAGCAAUGCUUAGAUGGAAAUUUAUAGUUAUAUAUGCCUAUAUUAAGAAAGAAGAAAGAUCUUAAUAACCAGCCUUCCCCUUAAGACCCUGGGAAAAGAAGAGCAAACUAAACCUAAAACAACCAGAAGGAAGGAAGUAAUGAAGAUUAUAAAGGAAUACUAUGAAUGAUGAACCAUCAGAAAUGAAAUUAAGAAUACAAUUCCAAUCACAGCAUCAUAAAGGAUAAAAUACUUGGGAAAUAAUUUAACAAAUGAAGUGCGAAACUUAGAAUACUACAAAACAUUGUUGAAAGAAAUUAAAGAUGGUUUAAGUAAAUGGGAAAACACCCCAUGUUCAUGGAUUGGAAGACUCAGUGUUGUGAAGAUGAAAGUACUCACCAAACUAAUCUACAAACUAAGGACAAUUGCUGUCAAAACCUGAGCUGAUUUUUUUGUAGAGAUUGACAACAGCCUGACUCUGAAAGUUACAAGGAACCCAGAAUAGCCAAAACAAUAUUGAAAAAGGAUAAAUUCGGAGAACUAAGACUUCCUGAUUUCAAACUUACUAUGUAGUAGCAGUAAUCAAUAAGAAUAAGGAUAGACACAGAACAAUGGAAUAGAAUUGAGAGUCCAGAUAUAAACCCAUACAUCUAUGCUUAACUGAUUUUCAACAUGACUAAGACCAUUCGAUGGGGAAGAAUAGUCUUUUUAACAAAUAGUACUGGGACAACUGUGUAGCCACAUGGAAAAGAAUGAAGUUGGACCUUUACCUUACAUCAUAUAUAAAAAGUCAAAAUGAGCUAAAACUGCUAGAACAAAACAGAGGUAAUUCCUCAUGACAUUGGAGUUGGCAAGGGAUUCUUGGACAUGACACCAAAAACACAAGCAACAAAAGAAAAGAAUAGAUGUUAGACCUCAUCAAGAUUAAACACUGGACAAGAUGGCGGCGCCCGCGUUGUUGCGUCCUUUCUUCAAGCUGUUGGCUCCGGCGCGGCUCCCUUGUGGCUCUUCUGCGCGGUCCAAGUUCUACAUUCGAGAACCGCCGCAUGGCAGACCUGACUGGCCGAAAGUUGUAUUGACCUUGGGCACCUCGGUUUUCUUAUGGAUCUAUCUCAUCAAACAACAUAAUGUAGAUGUUUUAGAGUAUAAAAGAAGAAAUGGGCUGGAAUAAGCUUUUGAAAUACUGAUAUAGUAUGUUCCAUAUAGUGAUUAUAGCAGUUCCUCUGGAUUCACAAAUCUGUUGAGUUGUAAACGUGAGAGAAAGAGUUAUAUGUGAAUAUAUAUCAAGUCAGCAUUUGUGUUUUACAUAAUUAAAUUAAAAAUUAUUUCUGUAUUCU